CAACUAAUUGAGGCUCUCUCUUGGUAGCUAGAGACAAGCCAGCCAUAUCCCCAUGAAUCUCAAGCCAUUGAAACAACCAGAACUCGACCGAUCCGAACAAUGUUCUACACUGGUUGGUUGCUAUAUAUAGACAUGAUCGAAUCUGCAUGCAGCAACAGAGCACGCAGUGAAGUUCAGAUAAGAAACACUAAGCUAGUUUAAGUGGUGAUUAAUCAGUUCAUCACCAGCUUCUACCUAUUAGCUCAUGGGUUCCACGGAGGCCAUCCUGUCUGCGCAGCUCGCCAGCCAAUUCUUCAGCACCAACAAGUUCAUGGCGAGCCCCGUACCGCAAAUGCAGAAGCAAUCUGAUGCCAGCAGAAGACAGGCGGAGAAGAAGGAGAUGAACAAUGAUUCUGCUGUCAAGCAACGGCAGCAACUGAAGCCACGGUUCGCCCUGGAGCUGGAUGGGCUCAAUUGCUUCGAGACCCUUGUCCCUCUCUGAAGCACUAGUUAGCUGAAUGGGCUCCUUGAUUAUUAUUAUUUUGUGUACUACCUAGCCUACAAAAACGUCUUUUAUUUUGAUACAGAGGGAGUACUUUCCAACACAUAGAUUUUUGUCUUUGUCUCAAAAGAAAAAAACAUAGAUUUUUGUCUGCGAGAGGCUCAUUAUAUGGGCGGCAGUUGUGUCUUUUAUUUCACGAGUGAUUAUUAACUCGUAAAUACAUUUUUAUGUUAACAGAUCA